UGGGAUGGGUUCCGUUUGAUGUUGCGAUCGCGACGGAUGGCUCCCCCGCAAUGUGUAUAAUUUACCGGUCGUCCCCUUGUGCAAGCCGAGAGGAGGGGACAGGCGUGUGUUGGUGGGGUGAUGUGUGUUGGUAGGCCUACCCACCGAAUGCCUCAAAACCGAAACAUUGUGGGGAAAAGCGACAUAGGGAGAGAGGGGGAGGGAAACCUGUACGCCAUUCGUAGUUUGUCGGUUGAUGUACCUGUCACUUCCACACUGGUGUGUGUGUGUUUGUGUGCUUGUAUGUGUGAUGACUUUAUUUAUUUGUGUGUCUGUGAUGACUUUAUUUAUAACCUUUAUAUAUAACCUGGGUGAAAUCGAGAGUAGUGUGAAUUUUCUCUUCUUGCCAAUUAAAUUGUGUUGGUGUGUGUGUGUUUUGUAUACGAGAAUGCGUUCCGCGUUCACCGCUCGGCUACCGAUCAGGAGUGUGUGUGUGUGUGUGUGGUUGGGUGAAAGUUGAUCACGGCUUCCGCUAAUCCCCUCCUAAUCUGGAGUAACGAUCCAGAGAUUGUCGAAGGUGAUGCGUUAAGAGAAUCUAGGCUAUUGGUGGUUGUUGCUAAUCUCAUCAGCGCCACACUGACCUGCCCAGAAAAACUAUAAAGAAUUAAGAAGAUCGAAAUAGGAAUGACUUUCAAUUGACUACAUGGUGAAUUCAACAAUUAUAGAUGCGAAAAAAAAAAUCGCAUUACCUAGUAGGGAGUCAUUUCGUUUAGACCUACAACUCAUCAUAAUUCACUUGUGAAUUAAUAUCAGUGUGUCGUUUAACAUGUCCAUGUGUCUGACGAGGCAAGACGUCUCCCGUGUGGAGCAGAAAAGCCCUCUUGACACUCUUUAUUCGGAGAUAUGUUAUCGCUCCUUGCUGCCGUUCUUCAGGUUAUCUCCGUCGCGGGGAGCUUUAAAGGUCUUGAUGGACAGGGAGGGGAGGCUAAACUCCUCCCUGAAAGGGAACCGCACGCUGCAAAACCCGGAAUGGAUCACGGUGCCCUGCAUUGGGCGAACUGCGUGUCUUGGGGAUGCCAAAAAGAGAUGCAAUGCAAAUAAAUAAGCGCUGCAAAAUCUUAUCUCUAUUUGGUCGAUAGUAUUAUAUAUACGUCAAUAAGGAAUUUAAUAUAUUGUGCAAAAAGGAAAGAACACCUUAAUCUGAGAUCAUGCCUAUAGUAUUUGCUUCUGCGCAUUAGGUCAUUUUUUUUGGAAUACUUCUAGCCUAAUAUCUUAUUUCGCAAUUUAUUAUUCACCAUUAAUUAUCACAUCAUCACGUUUUAACAUCACCUCACUAGUGACAAGCGAAAUGUAAAAGACAAAAAUCCUGUCCUGUUCCUCUGAGAUCCAUUCCGUGUGUUCCAGCCGGUCUCCCUUCUCCUGGGUGAUCCAUGUCCCCGUGCAGACUGUCCUGUGAGUAAAACAGAGAGGAGCCUGGUGCGAGGGAUACGGGACUGCCGCGCGCUCGCUCGCUUUCUUUUUUUUCUUCGUCUUUUAAGUAAGAGCCACCGCGGGAGCGAGACACGAGGAAAGCGGGCAGGCAGACACUCUUGUUUCGCUUGUUUUACCGCCGAUCCCAUUUGCAUCAUAAUUGUACCCGGCGCGAUGAAAGCGCCGAAGUGCACUUCAUCAGCUGGAGAGCGCAAGCUGGCUUCGCCGCGGGGGAUGUGCGCGCACACAAUGGGGGACGUCGCGCUCGCUGCGCCCGGGCCACGGUGUCAGGAUUUCUCGGUUCUCGGUCUAUAAUGGGGCGAAUCACCGGAGCUGGAACGUCAAUAAAGGGAAAGGAAAGCAGGUGAACGUGCGCCGUCACGAGCGGGUCGAGGGAAAGCGGGUCGAGGGAAAGCGGGUAUCCAGACGGGAUCAGACAGGGCCCGGUUGGUAGUUUGUUUCUGGUGGGUUUGUAAAGCUCUGCUUGUCAGCAGCCCCCGGGGCAGUACGCGGUUUUAAACAGAGAGGACGGACGUGUGGGUGUUUCAUUUGUUACCAGUUAAAAAAUUCCGUUGGGAUAACUGGAAUGUAUUUCCGGCGACUGAGUCCCAUCUCUCUCUCUCCGCACAUCUGGAUAGUCUGAAGUGCCAACUGUCUCCUCGCCUCUUCAUGCUGCUCGUUUCCGUGCGCUGUUUUCUUCGGAACGUUUUGCAGCGUUAAAAAACCUAAAUAAAGUCUUUAUUUAUAUUUGCGCACGGUCCACGUUGCUGGGUCGGUGAAGAAUGCAACUUAUCACCAGCGAGGACACGAUGGAGCGCGAUACGCCAACCAGGAAAACCGUGUACCGCAUCUCCCUCACCCUGGUGAAGAAGGAGAGCGCGGAAGAUGGGAGCACCAGCGCCAAUAACAACAACGACAACGACGUUAGCCCCGCGCCGUGCCGCCGUCCGGACAACGCCAAGACGUGCGCCGCCGCGCGACGCGACUGCUCCUCCGAGCGGAAGCGCGGCGCGCUGCUCGAGCAGCUGCGCGAGGUGGUGGAGGAAGAGGAGACGGACGACUUCAGCUCGCCGUCGCACCGGCGCAUGAGGAACUUCCGGACGUUCAGCACGGGGCAGCUGGAGCUGGGCCGGCUGAAGCUGGCCCGGAAGCACCUCUUCAAGAAGGAGGCCCGGGAGCCGGCGACCAGCCCGCUGGCCGAGACGCCGCCCGCCGUGUCCCCACCUCAGGGGGGAGGGAGGGGCUUCGGGGACGCCAACGCCAACGGGACGCCGUCCCCCACCGAGAACGGCAGCACUCCAAAGCGGAAAAGACUCCUGAAGGCUAAAAGCACAGAGGAGAAGAUGGCCGAGGUCGUCUCGCCCCGGUCACCGCCGGCGUCUGACCGGGACUCCGGGAGCAACGAGAACGGCGCCUCCAGUCCGGAGGCCACGCCCCCGCAAGACGGCAAGCCGGGGCUGUUGCGCCGGAGCUUCAGCUUUCGCCACUGGACGGGCGUGGAGAUGCUGCGGCUGCGCGCCCUGUCCAAGGAGAAGCACCACGGCAGCUCCGGCUGCAUCGGGCGCCACGCCGCCGCAGGCCCCGCCUCCGACGCCGCUGCCGCCGCCGCCGGAGACCAGAGCAACAACAACGUCUUCCUCGCGGCCACCUCUCCCUCCUCCCCUCCCUCCAGCUCCUCUUCCUCGGUGGCCCCCUCUUCGUCGUCUCUGCCCCGAGACGCGGCUGCGGCGGCGGCGGCGGCGGCGGCGGCCCCGCCCCGGGAGAAGAGCCGCACCCUGGAGGUCGGCGCCGUGCUCAGCAAGACGGCGUCGGCCACGGAGCUGAGCCGGCGGGAGCGCGCGCGCGCCGGGAAGAACCGCACGCUGGACAACAGCGACCUGCAGCGCAUGUCCCGGGAGGGGGGCGGCGGCGAGGGGGAGCGGGGGACGGGGCUGGGCGCCUUCCACCUCCUGCGGGGCGGGGGCGGGCGCUCCAGCGGCCACGAGAAGCGGCUGGUGCGCUUCUUCAGCGGGAUCUUCUCCCGCCGGGACAGCGGCGGUAGCGGCGGCGGCGGCGGAGAGGGGGGGUCGCCCGUGGGCAGCCCCGUGGGCGCGGAGCGUUCUCUGCGGCGCACCCGGAGAGCCUUCCUGUCCCAGUCCAGCACGGAGAGCAUGAACGGAGCGGCGACGCACGACGCCUUUGUGAACAGCCAGGAGUGGACCCUGAGUCGGACCGUCCCAGAACUCAAAGUGGGCAUCGUGGGUAACCUGGCCAGUGGCAAGUCGGCACUGGUGCACAGAUAUCUGACGGGAACGUACGUGCAGGAGGAGUCCCCAGAGGCUGACGUGGACGCAGGCGGUCGCUUCAAGAAGGAGAUCGUGGUGGACGGCCAGAGCCACCUCCUGCUCAUCAGGGACGAAGGGGGCCCCCCGGAGGCUCAGUUUGCGUUGUGGGUGGAUGCGGUGAUCUUCGUGUUCAGCCUGGAGGACGAGAACAGCUUCCAGACGGUGUAUCACUACUACAGCCGCCUGGUCAACUACCGCAACACCGCCGACCUGCCCCUCGUGCUGGUGGGCACGCAAGACGCCAUCACCUCGGCCAACCCGCGGGUGAUCGACGACAGCCGCGCGCGCAAGCUGUCCAACGACCUGAAGCGCUGCACCUACUACGAGACCUGCGCCACCUACGGCCUCAACGUGGAGCGGGUCUUCCAGGACGUGGCCCAGAAGGUGGCGGCCAGCAGGAAGAAGCAGCAGCUCUCCAUCGGACCCUGCAAGUCCCUGCCCAACUCCCCCAGCCACACGUCGGUCUGCUCCAACCCCGUGGCGGCAGUCCACAUCACACAGACCAGUAACGGCGGCGGUAGUCUUAGUGACUACUCGUCCUCCGUCCCCUCCACGCCGUCCACCAGCCAGAAGGAGCUGCGCAUCGACGUGCCGCCGGCCACCAACACGCCCACGCCCGUCCGCAAGCAGUCCAAACGGCGCUCCAACCUCUUCACCUCCCGCAAGCCCAGCGACCCGGACAAGGACAAGAAGGGCCUGGAGAACCGGGCGGACAGCAUCGGGAGCGGCCGGGCCAUACCCAUCAAACAGGACUACAUGCAGAACGUGCACGGCAAGGAGAUCGACCUGCUGCGGACCACGGUGAAGGUCCCGGGGAAGAGGCCUCCGCGGGCCGUGUCGACGUGCGCAGUGGUCCCCAUCCCCAAGACCAACGGGCUGGCCAAGGACAUGAGCAGCAUGCAGCUGGGCCAGGCGCCAGGCUCAGUGAGCAGCAGCACCUCUGCGUCCCAGAUGACCAGCGGGGUGAGCCUGGUGUCGUUCCCGGGCCGGCCGGCCGGGCUGGAGGGCAUGCACCAGCGGUCCUACUCGGUGUCCAGCGCCGACCAGUGGGCCGACGCCACCGUCAUCGCCAACUCCGGCGUCAGCACCGACACGGGCCUGGGGGACUCGGUGUGCUCCAGCCCCAGCAUCUCCAGCACCACCAGCCCCAAGAUGGAGCCGCCGCCGUCGCCCCACGCCAACCGCAAGAAGCACCGGCGGAAGAAGAGCACCAGCAACUUCAAAGCGGACGGCCUCUCUGGUACUGCGGAAGAACAAGAGGAGAACUUUGAGUUCACCAUCGUAUCGCUGACGGGCCAGAUGUGGCACUUUGAGGCCACCUCGUACGAGGAGCGCGACGCCUGGGUGCAGGCCAUCGAGGGCCAGAUCCUGGCCAGCCUGCAGUCCUGCGAGAGCAGCAAGAACAAGUCUCGUCUGACCAGCCAGACGGAGGCCAUGGCCCUUCAGUCCGUCCGCAGCCUGCGUGGGAACUCCCGCUGUGCAGACUGUGAAGCGCAGAGCCCCGACUGGGCCAGCCUCAACCUGGGCUCCUUGAUCUGCAUCGAGUGCUCGGGGAUCCACCGGAACCUGGGCACCCACCUGUCCCGCGUGCGCUCCCUGGACCUGGACGAGUGGCCCCUGGAGCUCAUCAAGGUGCUGUCGGCCAUCGGCAACGAGCUGGCCAACAGCGUGUGGGAGGCCAACGCCCAGGGGCGGCACAAACCCACGCCAGACGCCACACGGGAGGAGCGCGAACGCUGGAUCCGGGCCAAGUACGAGCAGCGGCUCUUCGUGGCGCCGCUGCUGCCGCCGGGCGGCGCCGGCGACCUGUCCCUGGGCCAGCAGCUGCUGCACGCCACGGCGGAGGAGGACCUGCGCGCCGUGGUGCUGCUGCUGGCCCACGGCUCGCGGCCGCAGGUCAACGAGACGUGCGGCGAGGGGGACGGACGCACCGCCCUGCACCUGGCCAGCCGCAAGGGCAACGUGGUCAUCGCCCAGCUCCUCAUAUGGUACGGCGUGGACCUGAUGGCGAGGGACGCCCACGGCAACAGCGCCAUGGCGUACGCGCGGCAGGCGGGCAGCCAGGAGUGCGUGGACACGUUGGCGCAGUACGGCUGCCCCGACGAGCGCUUCCCGCUCAUGGCCACGCCCAACCUGUCCCGCCGCAACACCAACCGCAACAACAGCUGCAGCAGCUCCGGAAGCACCGCCCUCAUCUGACCUCCGACCCCUGCCCGCCUCCAACCGCCACACAGCCCCCCCCGCACCCCCAAGCCCCUCUUCAACUUCACUAGUGACUUCCUGUGCGGCGCGACGGCGCUCCCGGGGGUGAAAGGUCACCCCGAGCGUUGAGGGAGAAGGAGUAAACUGAUGUACAUACAAGCGGCCAAGAUGAACAAUUUGGCGUUUUCUUUUCUUUUGGCGACGUUGAAACAAAAGUGAUUUGGGAACCACUAAUUGUGCACUCCUUGUUGUGACCCCCCUCCCCCCCCCCCCGCCCUUCCGUCCACCACCUAUCCAUCACACACACACGGACCCAGACACACACACACACACACCCUGGACGCGCAACGAUGUCCCCUUUGGUGACUCGAGUGUAUAGACAUGAACAUGUUCCUGCAUAUCUCUAGUGUGACACGCAUCAUGUCAUAUCGGGAGGAAAGGACCUGCCCCCCCCCCUCCCAAAGCAUGCUGGGAAAUGUCUGUCAAACUACAGCUCAAGCAGUCGCACGUCGUCUCUGACCGAUGACCCUGCCGCCCGACGCUACGUCACAAACACGACGACACUACCUGCCUCCCGCACACACUCCUCUAUGGCUAUUCACAAGCAGCCAAUCAGUAGCCAGAUAUCGAUACACGCACCGCCCCCUAUUUUAAAUUCCUAAUAUGGGCAUGUCAAUUUAACAAACAGAGGGCCAGCUUAUUUUUGGCCUUUGGUGAGGCUGCAACCUGCUCCUAACCUAUGUCCCCAACGCAUCCUGUUUAUUGAUGCUAGCAAAUGAGACACCCCCUUUUUUAAACUUCUGUAGUAGUCUCUCACUCUCACUCUCACUCUCUCUCUCACACACACACAUUGUGUAGUAAUUGUAUAGAUUCAGUUGCCACUCAGGGACCCGACGCUGUCUUUAUUCCCUGUGUGACAUCCAAAUCCCUCGGUUGUGCGAGUCUAAACUCGGCUUUCGGGGCCGAUUCCUUUAUCUUCAAAUCCACUGAGUUCAGAGUGUGAACAGAAGCAGCCACCACCAGUAGAUAGCCAGUAUUACUUAACAUCGGCCCUGCGCCCUAAACACGCUGAAUGUACCAUUUAUAGACAUGUAGGAGACUGCUUCUUUCGGGUAGGUAUUAUAAAUAAGAUAAUCAACGUGUUGUAGACUAGCCUCGUUAAAGUUAGUUUGAUGUGAAGCGAGGAUGUGUGAAGGCCAGAGACGUGCUGGAGCUCGGUGUGCAUUUGCGGCGGGCAGAAGGGAAUGUACCUUUAAGGUUAGCCACACUUGCCUUCUGUUGUUCCCCACCAAUCACAGCGCUGUACGACGAUGAGUCGCCACCAGGGGGAGGGGUCUUAAAGGGGCUCUUCGUGUCCCUGUUCUGUAUUUAUCUGCCAAAAGAGGUCAUGUGAUAGAAUGACGAGGCCUGUAGAUGUAGACACGAUAACAAAGCAGCGACCGACUUAGUAUACAGCGCCAACAUGCUUACCCCGCCUCCUUUAACACAUUUCAUAUCCAAUCAGGUGCGUUUGCCCACUCCGCUCAGCCAAUUGGAUCAAAGGGCUUUGAACCCCUGUCAUGCUCUGUAAAUAGUCGAUCUCAUAUCUUUCUGACAUACCUUCUCUCUCUGUCUCUUAUGCUCUCUCAACUCUACUAUCCCACGUCUGUUGCUGGGGAUGUCAUGUAUAUUAUUACAGGAUACAGGAAGUAACCGUGGUUACUCGGACACUGCGUGCGUGCGUGCGUGCGUGUGUGUGUGUGUGUGUGUGUGUGUGUGUGUGUGUGUGUGUGUGUGUGUGUGUGUGUGUGUGUGUGUGUGUGUGUGUGUGUGUGUGUGUGUGUUUUACAAGCCAGGCCGUCUUGGCUGAAGGUUGGACAAGUUGACAUCCAACGAUUUUUUUAAAGUAAGCAAUGAGGACCGUAAACACUAAGCACGUCUAGUCCGCCCGAUGGAUCUUAUUUUAGAGUCACUGCCAUGGCCCCGUUUUAAGAAGACCAUCUAUCUGGAUUAUGUGCCAUCCAUACAUCCACCGACCACACCCUUCGGCCCGACCCAGUCAAACAUAUAAACCCUUUGCAAUGGCUUAACGGAGCUUCAGACGGAGCCUCCCUGACUGAAACUCUAGACGGUUUCAGUUUUUCACUUUUUUGUACGUUUUUUUCGGAAUUGUCUCGUGAGGUUCCGACGCCACGAACGUUGAUUACUGAAAUGCACUACAGCCGCCGUCGGUUGAGUCUGUCCCUCUUCAUCAUAACGGGGGAAAAACAAUGAAAUUCGCAUCGUUUAUCCGAGGUCCCGCAGCGGUGGCUCGCAUGACGAGAGAGUCGACCGCCCGCCCUCCUGACACUAAACAGAGAAGAGUUUGCCGCCAUUGGCCGGAGUUCACCAUUAAGACGCUAGGGGCAACCGCACGCACACAAGGUGCACUACUAUACGCACGCAACAGCGGCAGGACGGUUCGCCCGACAGGUAGCAUUAGCUUGUUCGGCCACACACUAGGCUCAAUUUUUAAGAUAAACUGACAGUUAGCGAGGGGAUGUCAAGUUCCACGUUAGCUUGCUCAAAUCAUAGGGGCUACUUCUUGCUUUUGCUCUUACCAAGCGUUCUACCUGGAAGCCGGUGGACUUCUCCAGAAAAACAAUUCUGCCAAAAACAACAUAAAAACUAGCAUGACGAGGAUUAUGAUAUCCAAACUAUACACCACUGAACUAUAGCGACAGCUAGCUUAAGAAAUAGCUGAAAUUAGCCAAUGAAUGCUAGCUGUGUGAACACGUAAAGCUCCCCGCUUCAGAAACCUCUGGCUGGACUCGGCCGGACGGCCACGGUUAACGACUAAUGCAACACAGCUGUGAAUAUGAAUAUACGCUCUCCUCCCCGUCUUGUUUUCGAAAGACGCCGGGUAAAGUUUUGGGAAAGACAGGCCAGUCCUAUGUUAAUCCUAUCGACGCCGACGUCGACAUUUUUUCUUCACGUGUACAUAGUAGUAAAAAGAAGCGAAAAAUGAAGAGAAAAAAAAAGAAAUAUUUAACACUCAUGAACUAUACGUUAAGUUUGUUGGGUUUUUCUGCCAUGUCUCGUGUUACCUCAUCCGCCUGUCAUCACGUGUGUAGCCUUUACCCCACGCCUCUCCCCUCUAACCCCGCCCCCCGCGGCCUGUCCAUCACACUAUUUAUGAACCCGCCUUGCAGACACUCCCCUAUGAGAGACACCUCUCUCGCCCAAUCCUACCGUUUUGUAUAUUGUAAACUUCUCCUGUCCAUCCAAAUUAAUUAUGAUGAUUACUAUCAAUGGAGUAUCAUCCGGACACAAUAUUGUUUGUAUGGUCAUUGUUAUUCUAAUUAUUAUUAUUGUUAUUAUUAUUAUUAUUGAGUUGUUUCUGUUGUUAUUGGCUGUACAGUUCUGUUGUUCAAAAAUUCUACCUAAUACAGAGUCUUUUACUGUAAUGUGUCUCUUUUCAAUAAAGACAAGAAUAAUGCUUCUUAAUAUA